CAGCAACGUGCAUUGCCCAUUUUUGCGCAACGCGAGCGCCAUGUGUACUUGGGCGCAUAAAGAUGCGCCAGAAGGUGGCUUGGUUGAUGCUCCUUUUUGUCGCGAAUGCGCAGAGGAGCCUUCAGUCUGUCACGUGCGAGGCGCCUUGCAAGCCGGACGAAUUCAAGGCAGACCCGUUGGUGGUCUUGUGCGGCGGCGGGCGCUGUAGUACGACGGUUUCGCUUGAUAAGGGCAAGACGCUGAACAUGAUCUCCUUACCCGUGGGCACUCCAGGCGUGGAGCUGACGAUGGCCGCGACGGAUGACUGGGAUUUGGAGCUCCGGGAUGGCACUGAUGAUGCUUGCAUCGCCGGGAUUUGUGCGGCAUCGUUCGAGGGACGGCAAGGGUGUAACAACAUCCAGGACUAUUGCUUGGCGUAUGAAGGCAUGGAUUGGUACUUCACCGGGGAUCGGCAGAAUGCCGCAGACUCUGGGUCAUCGCCAGAGGAAGCCUUCCCGGUGAUUGAAAUGUUGAAGACGCUGGGCAACACCACGAGGCCUUUGUACGCCCAGGUUCAGGCCUCGAGUAGUGGGCAAGCUCGUGUCUCCGCCAUCAACGGCGCCUUCAUGGACUGCCCGGAGGUCUUGCCAGGCUGCCAGCCCUGCAGUGAAUAUACCGGCUGCAACUUUGGUGGCACUCCUCUGUGCGACGGCAGCGCCACGGUGACCUGCUUGCUGCCCACCACCACCAGUAGCACACGAACCAUUGUCUCCUCGACCGUGACCAGCAGCACCACUCGCACCAGCACCAGCCAAUCAGCGACCAGCAGCACUGUGACCUUCACGUCGACUUACACUGGCACCAAGACCAGCACGACUUCUAGAUCAACCACUUCUCUUACGCAGACUGUAACCUCUGCUACAAGCACCAAAACGACCACAUUGACCACAACCAGAUCCAGCCUCACGAUCACCACGACGCCCACCACAAGCAGCACAUGGAGCUUCACCAGCAGCAGCACUGGGGAGACCGGGACCAGCUCGACAGGCACGAGCGUGACGUCCUCGAGCUCCACGGUGACUAGUAGCUCCACGAGCAGUUUGACCUUCACCAGGACCAGUAGCACCAGCCUCACCACUAGCAGCUCCAAGACCACCAGCACCACUGGUACUAGCACCAGCAGGAGCAGUAGCAGCACCAGCCUGAGUACCCUAACGGUCACUAGUACCAGCUCGAUCACUCAAAGUUCCACGGUCAGCAGCAUCAGCACCAGCUCGACCAGUCGGAGUCACAGCAGUACGACCAGUGAAAGCUCCACGUCCCGGACGCGAAGCAGCACGACUCUCACUCAUAGCAGCUCCAGUACGGCGACCACGAGCUCCUCGAGUAGCACGGUGAGCAGCAGUGUCACUCGCACGGGGACCACCUCCAAGACGACCUCCACCUCCAGUAGCCGAACGCAGACCGUCAGCCUGACCCAGACCACCAUGACCAGCACCAGCGAGACUGCCACGUGGACCUCGUCCAGCACCACAGACAGCAGUACCACCGAGAGCAGUACCACUCUUUCGGAGACCAGCAGCAGUAUCACUCAGACCAAGACCACGACCAGCAUCACGAGCACCGUGACCUGCGGAUGCUGCAGCUCUUGUCUUGGCUGGGCCUCUGCCCUCGGCUGCGGCUCAGCUGCUCUUUGUGAGCGGAACUUGGAGGAGUGCCAAGCAGAUCUUCGUGGCGCACGCUUUGGCCUGGAGGAGUGUCGGAAGCGCGAGGAGUUCCUAGAAGCCACCAUCGUCACGAUGUCCAGUCCCAACUGCACCAGCUUCGUGGCAGAGGAGAGUGACGACUCAGCGGUUUGGGUGCUGGUCGUCUUGGUGCUCCUUCUGCUCAUCACUUUGCUGAUUUUGCUGCUCCUGUGCUGGCGCCUCCGCCAGAGACACAAUGCCCUGAAAGAGCAGCUCGCGCAGUGCAAGGACGAGCUGUUCACUUCGCCAACACACCUGGCGCAGGACCGUCCAGAGCAGCGGCAAGUUCGGAAGCUUCAGCGGUCUUUGGACGAGGCCAAGAAAAAGCUUGCUGCCAAGGAGGAGCUGGAGAUCAAGCUGUCGCAGUUGCAAGAGCAGCUGAAAAAGGAACAAAGCAACGGCAAACAAGGUCAAGACCUUUGGAAGCUGAAUCGCUCCAUGUACCACAUCCUUCGGCAAGUGGUGCAGGACUCUCGGGACUUUGCCCGGGAGGUCAAGGAGGACAGCGAGAAGGUUCCGGUCAUCAAGCAGAGGAUUCAGAAGUUCGAAGCUCAGUUGGCCCUCACCGCGGGUCGCCGCGAUGCUGCGGAGGCCGAGUUGGCUGGCUUGGUGAACAAGGCACAAGCAGAUGCUGCACUGCCCUCCGAAGUCGACACCUGCUGUGACAGCGAAAGCCCUGUGAGCUUCUCCACAGGACUGGGCCGGCGAGUGAAGGUUCCAACGCCCAUCAUCACCGAGGUCUUAGAGUCUCCACGCCCACCAGCCGCCGUGGUCCCCAACACGGAACGGGACGCGGCACCUGCGGCCGCCGCGGCACCGGGUGUGGUGGAACGGGAUGGCUUCACAUCCGUGGCACCGACGGCAGCUGUGCUCAGCCCACCAGCGCGCACGCUGGUGAAGCAGGAGUCUCGAAUCGAAGAGGUCAUCGCACAACGCUUAGAGAUCACUCCACACAACCUUCGCAGCAGCUUGAGGCAAGCAGGGCAAAAGAACAAAGAUGGUUCUACGCUGUUGCCCCUUCAGCGCGUCUUGAGCAAGCGCUUGGAUGAGGCCAAAGUUCAGCCUGGUGAAGAGCCAACAGAGCCAAUGACAGAUCAAGCCUGACGACCGUCUCCGAGGCCCCUGUGGUUGCUUUGUAGCAUUUGUAGC